UGGAAUUUUGACAUCGCUGUGAGGCGGCUUCCCAGGUCCAAAUGAAGUAUAAGGAAUGUCACCAAUCGUAGCCGGCGGACAUCCUCAGCCUUGCACUGUUCAGCCUUCUUCGCCAAGUUGCCCAUUCCCUGUUUCUCGCGCCGUAAGGCAGUCAGGCAUCUCGACAACUGCGCAAGUCCGCAAGCCUGCAGGUCGGCAAGCUGACACUUAUGCAAGCCCAUUUCUCGGUUCGGCUGGAUGAGCCAAUCAAGUUCAGAUCCCCACGGUUUAAAAUCUCCCUGUGUCCGCUCCCCCAGGUCCUUCAAGUCCUCCCUGAGUCCUCCAAGCAGUCUUAGUCUACUAUGGAGCAGCAAAAUAACCAGAGUCCUUCGCCAUCCUUUUACGACUUCUACAUACCGGAGGACUCUAACUCCACUCUUCUCUUGGACCCUUCCCAGGACACUUUCCCAAGUACCACACAGAAUACCCAGGAUCCACUGCCGACUUUCGAGAAUGACUUCUUCUUACCGUACGACAGUGAACUCUUAGGAGUAGAUUAUUGGAGCCCGACUCCUUCUCUUCUGCCACCUUUGCCAUCUCCCGGAGAUGGAUCAUUUACACUUCAUCGCGACCAGACCCCAUCAGCAGCGAAUCGAGGAAUGGCGAGCCCUAGCCCAACCCCAAACUCGCGCAAACGGAAACUGCAUUGCCCUAAGUUUGAAUCAGAGGCUACCCGCGGUGUACCCCGACCGGACCGCUCGUGCAAUGACAUCAGCAAGGAUAACAUGGCGGAAGUUCGGCGUCACAUGACCCGUAGCCAUCGUGACCUGGAUUUUCUGAGGCUUUGCUCAACCUGCAAUGAUGAUUUCCUUGACAGAAACGAGUUCGAAAGUUCUCAUGGGUACAAGGGCGAACUGUGCAUUAACCCUCAAGAGCAAAGGAGAGCCGAGGGACAGGAAGAGCAAUGGACCGCCUUGUACAAGAAGGUCGAUUCCCUCAACGCCAUCGCACCGGUAGAACUUCCACAUACAUUUGAAGAUGUCAUUCCAACGCCAGUACCGACCCAAGAACCCAGACCUCGUGCAAAGAGCAAAGUCACUCCCUACCUAUAUAUAUUCGAGUCAGAUUCGGACGACGCCGCAAAUCCUCCCAGUCUUCCCAACCCUUUGCCAGACCCUCUUGUAGACCCACCGCCCGGCGGAGACUGCUAGAGGCUACAUUCUCUAUCCUUCCCUUCAGCGUGGCCCGAUUCCCUAAGAAAUGCAUCAUCUCAAAUAGACGGCAUGAUGGAAGAUACUGUUGGCUCGUGCUACGAGGCUAGACGGCAAAGCCGCUAUU